AUGUUUAGCUUAUUUUUGAUCGGGAUAUAUUUCGUGUUAAGUGAGGCGUGUACGACGUACAACUUUGAGGAUAGAUACAGUGAUGAUUUUACAAAUCAACGCGGUCUGUGCGAUGGUCAGCCUAUGUGGCUUCUCAGGAACUACACCGAGAUUGAAGUGGAGAGACCGCACGAGUUAAGUGAGAAGUUUAUUUCACCGAAUCCUAGUAUAAGUUGUGUUGCAUCGUUUCUCUUUGAGGUGACUGCGAAUGGAACUAUAGAGAUUAACGUGUACAUGGAAACGAGCAAUUUGAACGACCAAAUUUCAAUUAUGGCUAACGAGGUGCGGACAAACGACGAUGACGCUACCGUGGGUCACGUUCUGCUUGGACCUAGGUUUACCCCGGAUUUCACUUCGGGAUGGCAUCUACUGCAGCUAACAUUGACGGGUUCAGGGACCUAUACGGGAUAUGUAAGUAUUUUAAGACUAUCAAUAAAUAUAUAUGAGGCUGCUAGAGGCAGAGUGGCCUAG